ACUGGACUUGACGCGCGCAAGACAGGCCCAGCGCCCAGCCCGCCAGCACAGACCUCGCCGGUCGGUCACAGUGCACGCGUCGCCCCGAGGCCCGCCGUCCCCGACGCCGUCCUCGUCCACAGCCAUGCACCUGAGGGCUGUCGUCGUGGCCGCGGUCGCGCUCGCCCUGGGCACCGGCGCCUUCAACGUGGACCUGCACCACGCCGUGGUCGUCGUGUCCCCGACGGGCGCGGACGACCUCCUGUUCGGCUACAGCGUGGCGCUCACCCCGGCACAGCUGCUCGUCGGCGAGCCGCGCGGCGAGUGGCCGAGCCGGCCCGACAUCCUGGAGCCGGGCGCGCUGCACCGCUGCCGCCUGGACAUGCUGGGCCUGAGCCAGCCUCAGUGCUCCGACAUCCGCCUGGACAUGACCGGGAACGACAUGACGUACAUCGGUGGACACAGCGUGCACCACCUUAAGAACACCUCCAUGUUUGCCUCCACCAUCGUGACCACUUCCGCCGGGCUGGCGCUGGUGUGCGGGCCCGGCUGGAAGAACCAGCUGUACCGCGAGAAGCACUACCUGAUGAACGGGCUGUGCUACAGCCUGGACUGGAACAACCUGUACCGCCAGCCGAAGCCAUACGUGCCCCUGGUGGAGAGAGAGAGGCAGGGCGCGGUGGUGCCGGACGAGGCCUCUCCGGGAAGGACCAAGAACGUCUUCUACUACGCCUUCGGGGAGGCGGGCUUCUCCGCGCACGUCAGCCAGGAUGCGGGGGAGGUGCUCCUGGGCGCGCCCGGAGUCUACUCCUGGAGAGGAUCUGUGGUACGGUACAGAAUCAAUGAAGCUGGACAACUGGUGGAGAAAUUUGUGACACGCCCAGAUUCAUUUGAGGAUUAUGGAUAUUUUGGGUACUCCGUGACGGCCGCGGGCUUCGACACCUCCAGGCGGACGCCAGUCCAGUACGCGGCGGGAGCCCCGCGGGCAGCGCAUUCGGGCAAGGUGCUGCUGUUCGAGCUCCCGGACGAGGCGGUCGAGCCCGGCAGCGCGACCGCCGACAGCACCAGGAUGUCCGUGCUGCAGGAGAUGUUCGGCGAGCAAUUCGGAGAGUACUUCGGAGCCGCCGUCCUCGCCGAGGACGUAAAUGGGGAUGGCCUGGCCGACCUGCUGGUGGGUGCGCCGCUCCACUCGACGGCACAGGCGGGCGACCAGGGCCGCGUCUACGUCUACCUCAACCAGGGCGAGGGUCGUCUCCGUCUGACCGAUUCCCCGCUGGGUCCGUGGAGCCGGCCCUCGCGCCACGCUCCGGGCCGCGGCUCGCCCCCGCACGGCGACCCGCAUGCCUCGCCCCACGGCGCCCGGUUCGGCUCGGCGCUCGUUGCCGCCGGGGACGUGAACAAGGACGGCUACAACGAUGUAUGGAUCGGCGCUCCGUACGAGGACGGUGGCCGCGGGGCUGUUUACCUGUUCCUGGGCUCUGCUAUCGGCUGUGGCCCUUCGGCGGCGCAGCGCAUCCCAGCAAGGGACGUCCACGCCGACCUGCGCUCCUUUGGCUUCAGCAUGGCGGCCUCCGCCGACGUGGACGACAACGGACCUGGCGGUCGGCGCUCCGUUGUCUGGACACGCCGUCGUGCUGCUCACCCGGCCCGCGGCCCGCCUCGCGCCCAGGAUCACGUCGUCCGUCACGGAGCUGUCCUUCAGCGCCUCGUCCUUCGUGCUGAGCGCAUGUCUGCAGUACGCCGGACACCGCGCGCAUCCCCACGCAGUCGCCAUGGUGACCCUGGCGCUGGACGGCCCCUCGGAGCGCGCCAUGCUCAGCAUGCGUCCCGGACGUCCCGCCGCGCGCCUGGUGCAAUACAGCCAGCCGCUGCAGCUCGGCCGACUCGCGUGCACCAACGUCACCGUGCUCAUCCGCCCCAACAACGUGGACUUUACGACGCCCAUCGACGUGACCAUGCGAUUCAACCUGACCGACGAGGCGUCCCGAAAAGAAUGCCGCUCGCAGACAAGCCCUUCUGCCGGUCGUGCCCCGUGCUGGACCCCACCGCGCCCAGCUCUGCCGCGCUGCGCAUCCCCUACGCGACGGGCUGCAAGGACGACUCGCUCUGCCGCCCGGACCUCAAGGUGUCCGCCGAGUGGCACGACACGGCUCUGCCGCUGGUCGUGGGGAGCGUACGGGAGGUGACGCUGCGCGCCCUGGUCCGCAACACCGGCGAGCCGGCCUUCCUCGCCAGGAUGGCGGUGACGCUGCCGCCGCCUUUGGCCGUCGCCAGGAUGCCACCGACCUGCCACACACCGCGAGCCUUCCUGGCGAGGACGGCCGCCCCCGCGCCCACGCGCCUCAUCUGUGACCUGGCCAACCCCCUGGGCCACAACAAGCAGCUGCUGCUGGAGCUGCCGCUGGACGUAUCGCAGCUCUCUCUGGCCGCCGUCGCGAGCGCCGCCGCGCCCUCAGUGACCGUAACGCUCAACGCGACGAGUGCGGGGUCGGCCAACACCAGCGACGGCGUCCUCUCCCUACGGCUGCCGCUCGCGGCUAUCGUGGACCUCGACGUGGUCGGGAGGGCGUCUCCUGAACUGGGGCUGCUCCCCGACCACGACAGCACCAAGGCCAUCGGCUUCACGCACACCUUCGAGGUGCGGCACGUAGGCCCGACCUGGGCGCCGGGCGCCGCGCUGCGCCUGCACGUGCCCCUCAAGGCGCGGGUGGGCGGGCCGCGCGGCCGCAUCGUGACGCUGCUCAAGGUGCGCGUGCUCGUGGACCGGCGCCGAGUCAACUGCACAACCCGGGAGGUGACGGGAGUCGCCACCGGCCGAGACCAGGAGGACGACUUUGCCAAGGCAAAGGGUACGCCGGCCUCGGCGGGCGAGGACGCCGACGACUGGGAGGACCUGGCGGACGGCGCGGCGGCCGGUGGGCUGCGCUGCGGUGUGGCGCCGGCCCUCUGCGUGGAGCUGCAGUGCCCGCUGCUGCUGCUGCCGCCCGCGACCGCCACGGUGGACCUGCGCCUGCGCCUUCUCACCGAGAGCCUGGACGCGGUCCUGGACGCAGUGGGGGUGGGGCUCAGCGCCGUGGCCGUGCACACCAAGGCCGUGGUCGUGCUGCCCGACCUGCCCUCGCUUCCGGCCGGCAGCAAGUUCAGGUCGCGGCCGGUGCAGCUGUCCACGCUGUUCAUGCGGCCGGCUGAGUCGGCGCCCGUGCAGCCCUGGGUCGUGGGGCUCUCCGUGGCCGCCGGGCUGCUGCUGCUGGCGCUGCUCACGCUGGCCUUGAGGAAGGCCGGGUUCUUCGGCAGGAAGAAGGUUCCGCGGGUGGGCGACGGUCCGCAACCCGGCCAGGGCAUUCCCGCGGACCGGCCACCGGGAGGCGCGGACGUGGACGUGGACGACGACGACGACACUCUCCUCGCCGCCCAGAAGUCCGCCGCUUCCGUCCUCGCCUCAGACGAUGACGGCAUUGACGGCGCCCUGGAGACGGCCAGCGACAGCGGCAUGUCCAUGCACUCGUCGGUCGGCGCGCCGCAGCAGGCCGAGCAGGCGCCGAGCACGUGACCGCGGGGGCAGGGGGAGGGGAGGGGCCAGGGGUGCGUGACUGGCCCCAAGUGUUCCGCUGAUCUGAUUUCUCUGGAGGCGCUCGACGGCUGGCGUGGUCGGGGGAGGGGAAAAAAACAAGACUGAAUUUAGUUUAAGCCCUGGCGGCGCCGACUGAAACUAAGCUUUCUUUCGU